AUCCAGGUAAGAUAAGAUAUAAAUAAAAGCUUUUAUAAUUAGUAAACUUAAACACGGAUUAAAAACGUAAGAUCCACCAUAAUCCUCUCGGUCUUUUUUCUUUCCAUAAAAAAUCAAAAAAAUCAAUUUAUUUUGUCUUAAUCGAAUUUGUGUAUACAAAAGAAAGAACCUAUUUACGGAGAAGCAUUUAUUACACAGAUAAAGUGUUUUGUUUUUGUUUUUGUUGGGUUGUGUGUGUUUUGUGCGGAUGACUCGUAGGUGUUCCCAUUGUAGUUACAAUGGACACAACUCCCGCACGUGUCCGACUCGUGGCGGCACGUGCGGUGGAAACGGUGUUUCCUCCUCUGCCGUGAAGCUGUUCGGCGUGAGGUUGACGGAUGGGUCGAUUAUCAAGAAGAGUGCGAGUAUGGGUAACCUCUCCGCAUUGGCUGUGCAUCACCGUUUGUCUCCGUCGUCUCCUUUGGCGACGGGGAAUCAUAAUGACUCGACGUUAUCGGAUCACGGGAGGUACUCGAAUCGAGAUGGCGGAGGGUAUUUGUCGGAUGAUCCAGGUCAUGGUUCUGGGUCUAUUCAUCGUCGUGUGGAGAGGAAGAGAGGUGUUCCUUGGACUGAGGAGGAACAUAGGCUAUUCUUAGUGGGUCUUCAGAAGCUAGGGAAAGGAGAUUGGCGUGGUAUUUCAAGAAACUAUGUAACUUCAAGAACUCCAACACAAGUGGCUAGUCAUGCUCAAAAGUAUUUCAUCCGCCAUACUUGUUCCAGCCGCAGGAAAAGACGUUCUAGCCUCUUUGACAUGGUUACUGAUGAAAUGGUAACCGAUUCAUCGCCAACACAGGAAGACCAAACCUUAAACCGUUCCCCUCCAAGCAAGGAACCUGAGAACAAAACCAACCUUCCUUCACUUGAGCUUAAACUCAAUAAUGCUACAGAAUCUGAAGCGCCACCACAGGAGACACCUGAGGAAGCUAUAGAACCAACAAACGGGAUUUCACCAAUGCUAGUCCCAAACGGCUUCUUUCCUCCUUGCUUUCCAGUCACUUACACGAUCUGGCUCCCUGCAACGUCCACUUCACUUCAAGGAACAGAGGAAAUCUCAGCUUCUUCUCAGCAGCAUCAGGUCUUAAAACCAAAACCUGGUUUUGCUAAAGAGCGGACCAACAUGGACGAGCUGGUGGGUAUGUCUCAGCUUAGCAUAGGAAUGGAGACAAGACAUGAAACGGAGAGUUCUCAUUCUCCAGCACCUUUAUCUCUGAAACUGAUAGGAGAGCCAACAAGGCCAUCUGCGUUUCACACCAAUGGCUCUGUUAAUGGUUCAGGGUUGAGUAAAGGCAGCAACGCGAUUCAGGCGACUUGAGAAAACCAAGAAAGGAGAUCCUGACCGGAUUAAACCAGAGGAUGUUCUUGGUUUUAGGAAGAAAUGAACCAAGACAUAAGCCAUUAGAGUCAAACAGUACUUGCCAAGAAAAAAACAUAUCAAACUGUAACAGUAGACUUACCAAACAGUCAAACAUGUUACUCAGCAUGAUGUCAUACUUACACAAGAUUAGCAGACAUUACGAUAUUCCCCCUUAUUAUAAUGUCGUAACAUAUUUUUUAUUAUUCUCUUCGUUCUAAAAUGUAUAAUGUUUUAAAGAAUUUUUUGGUGUUUUAAAACAAGCAUGUUUUGAUAUUUUGAAUUGAUUUUAAUUUUUUAGAUAAUUGUGUCAUUAAUUAUAUUUUACUUUUUUCUAUAAAGAGUUGAAUCAUGUUAAGAAAAAUGAUCCCGAA